GUUAAAAACAGACUCUUCCCUCCUCGCUGCAGCAUCCCGAGCUCAGAGCAGCGGCUGAGGGAGCCGGGUGGGAGCUGCCGGGCAGGGUCUGCUCCUGCACUGCUGACAGCGCUGCCUUAUCAGCGUCCCGGCCCGGUGACAGCUGGGCUGGCUUGUGUCAGCCCCUCGGGCACUCACGUAUCUCGGUCCGGAGGGUUUAAAAUAGCAAAUCUCUGAGGCCGCACAAUAGCUUGGGCUUAUAUGGGCUCUUGGGGGGGAAGGGGGAGCGGCGGAGGGGGCCAGGGCCGCGGCUGCCGAAAUAGCAGCUCACAAGUGUUGCAUUCCUCGCUGGGCGCCGGGCACAUUCCUGCGGCGCUGCCCGCCCCGGGGUGGGCGCUGGAGCCCCCUUAAAGCCUCCUGCCCCAAAGAGCCUUUCCCAGACCCCGCCGGCUCCCCCGCGCUCCCCGGCAUCACCGCGCACAGAGAACCAGGGAUGUCAGACACGGAGGAGGUCACCGAGGAGUACGAGCAGGAGCAGGAAGAGGAGUGCGUGGAGGAAGUUAUCCCAAAGCAGGAGCCGCAGGGAGCCGGGGAACGGCGCUGCCGGACUCACCCUGCGCCUUAUCCCGCAGGCCAGGAAGAGCAGGUAGAGGAGGCGGAGGAGGAGAGUGAAGAAACCAAGGCAGAAGAACAAGAAGAUGAAACGAAUGCAGCAGGAGAAGGUGGAGAGGGAGACCGAGAGCAGGAGCCUGGGGAAGGUGAAUCGAAGCCAAAGCCCAAGGUCUUCAUGCCCAACCUGGUGCCUCCCAAAAUCCCAGAUGGCGAGAGACUGGAUUUUGACGACAUUCACCGCAAGCGCAUGGAGAAGGACCUGAACGAGCUGCAGGCCCUUAUUGAAGCCCACUUUGAGAGCAGGAAGAAGGAGGAAGAGGAGCUCCUGUCCCUCAAGGACAGGAUUGAGCAGCGGCGAGCGGAGCGGGCAGAGCAGCAGCGGAUCCGCAGCGAGCGGGAGAAGGAGCGCCAGGCCCGCAUGGCCGAAGAAAGAGCUCGCAAGGAGGAAGAGGAGGCGCGAAAGAGGGCAGAGGAGGAGGCGCGGAAGAAGAAGGCAUUCUCCAACAUGCUGCACUUCGGGGGUUACAUGCAGAAGUCAGAGAAAAAGGGGGGGAAGAAGCAAACGGAGCGGGAAAAGAAGAAGAAGAUCCUCGGUGAGCGACGGAAGCCCCUGAACAUCGACCACCUCAGCGAGGACAAGCUGAGGGACAAGGCCAGGGAGCUGUGGCAGAACGUCCAUGACCUGGAGGCUGAGAAAUUUGACCUGCAGGAGAAGUUCAAGCGGCAGAAAUAUGAGAUCAACGUCCUUCGAAACCGCAUCAGUGACCACCAGAAAGUCAAAGGGUCCAAGGGCGCCCGUGGGAAGACCAUGGUGGGCAGCCGAUGGAAGUAGAAGCUCAGGGGGAGAGGAGGCCGCACCCCAGGAGCUGCAGCGGCUGCACAGAGCCCUGGCUGCGGGAACGGAGGCUCUGGGGGGCAGCUCAGGCUUCCUGAGCUUCCCAUCUCCACCCCCCAGUGGUGUUGUGUCUGUAAAUAAAGAGGUGGUGAGGGGGUGCA